AUGGCGAGUAGUGGAGUAGUGGAAGUGAGGAACAAGUAGGUGAUAUUCAAAGACUAUGUCACCGGCAUCCCCAAAGAAUCCGACAUGGAAUUGAGGACCGCCGCAAUCAAACUCAAGCUUCCAGAAGGCUUGACUGGCCUUCUCGUCAAGAACCUCUACUUGUCAUGCGAUCCUUAUAUGCGAAACCGUAUGACCAAGACCAAGCACGACAGGCCCACUUAUUUCCAAUCCUUCAAGCCCGCUGAGCCUGUAACUGGUUAUGGAGUGGCUAAAGUGCUGGAAUCUGGGGAUCCAAAGUUUAAGGCAGGCGACUUGGUUUGGGGUCAUACUGGCUGGGAAGAAUAUAGUGUCAUCACUGCCACAGAGUCUCUGUUUAAAAUUCACCACACUGAUGUGCCGCUCUCUUACUAUACUGGACUUCUUGGUAUGCCUGGAAUGACUGCUUAUGCUGGUUUUUAUGAGGUUUGCACCCCUAAGAAAGGAGAGACGAUCUACAUUUCAGCCGCAUCUGGAGCAGUAGGUCAGCUUGUUGGUCAAUUUGCCAAGUUGACAGGUUGCUAUGUUGUUGGGAGUGCUGGAAGCAAGGAAAAGGUUGAUUUGCUGAAGAAAAAAUUUGGAUUUGACGACGCUUUCAACUAUAAAGACGAACCUGAUCUGGAUGCAGCUUUAAGAAGGUACUUUCCUGAUGGUAUCGACAUUUACUUUGAAAAUGUGGGCGGAAAGAUGCUUGAUGCCGUGCUACCAAACAUGAGGGUGAAAGGGCGAAUAGCAGUGUGUGGGAUGAUCUCACAGUACAACCUGGAGAGGCCUGAAGGCAUACAUAAUUUAAUGUCUCUGAUUUUUAAGCAGGUCCGCAUGGAAGGUUUCCUGGUCUUCAGUUACUAUCAUCUGUAUGGAAAGUUUCUAGAAACAGUUUUGCCUUACAUAAAAGAAGGGAGGAUUACAUAUGUGGAAGAUGUAGUUGAAGGCCUUGAGAACGCUCCGGCGGCUCUAAUUGGGCUCUUUGCUGGCCGGAGUGUGGGAAAACAGGUGGUCGUUGUUUCUAAAGAGUGAUUACUGAUCCGGCACUGCUCAUACUUCUGAAGUCCCAGAGUCUUUAGCUUUUAUGUUUG